AUAAGAUAUUGAGAGAUAAAAACAAAGAGAGACCUUUGCAGUAAAAGUUAUUUCUUUCGUUCUUCUUCUCUUGCGAAAUCUCUCUCUGUCUUCUUUCUCUUUCUCUGGAAGCGUCUCUCUUCUUUGGAUCAAGCGGUGGAGACGGCGGCGUUCAAGAACAAGAGAUAUGGUUGAGACGAGACGUAGCUCCUCUGCUUCCAAGCGCCUUCCUGCUUCUUCCCCCGAAACAACUUCUUCAUCCUCACGUCCUACCAAACGAUCCAAGGCUGCGGCGGAACCGGCUGCUUCUUCUUCGGCGAGUGAGGUGCCGGUUGAAAAUCGUGGGCCGGUUUCGGAUCCUGGAUCGGAAUCUGGAGAGCCGGAACGGAGAACUCCUGAUCCGCAGACUAAUGGUGCCGAGAGGCCAGUCACUACCGCCGAUGUGCCGGCCAUGGAGACCGACACAAUUCCAGAAGUUGAAGGCUUGGUGACGCCCACCCCUGCAGUGGUCGAAGCUGAAAAAUCGAAAUCUUCAAAGAAGCGGACUGCUAAGGCUCCUUGGGCCAAGCUUAUCUCUCAAUGUUCUCAGAACCCUCAUCGUGUCAUGAGAGGCUCUGUCUUUACUGUUGGUCGGCGAGGAUGCGAUUUAUGUAUCAAAGAUCAUACAAUGCCCACCGUUCUGUGUGAAUUUAGACAGUCUGAGCACGGUGGUCCAUCAGUUGCCUCGCUGGAGAUAAUAGGGAAUAGUCUACUUGUUCAGGUCAAUGGCAAGAUUUACCAAAGGACUUCUUGUAUUCAUUUGCGGGGUGGCGACGAAGUUGUCUUCAGUACCCAUGGGAAACAUGCUUAUAUAUUUCAGCCUCUUAAAGAUGAGAAUCUAGCUGCUUCAGACAGAGCUUCUUCAUUGAGCUUUUUUGAAAAUCAGAGUGCCCCUCUGAAAGGGCUUCAUGUUGAGACGAGAGCAGGCGACUCUUCACCUGUUGAUGGGGACUCUUUAUUGGCUUCUAUAUCAAAGUUACAUAAUGUCCCUUUUCUACCACCUACUGCUAAAAGUGUCAAAAGGCAGCAAAAUUCAGAGGUUCCUGUGCUACCUUCUGGCUGCAAUGAUUGUAUUCCGGAUGUUGACAUGAACGAUGCUGAUAAUAAUAAUGAUCAUGCUGCUAUAGCUUCAACGGAGAAAACUGUUGCUUCAACCUCUUGUGCUGCCAACGAUGAACAGAAUGCAGAUGGAAAUGGAAUCGAUCCAUUUCAAGAAGCUGAAUUUGGAAAUAUUCCUCCCUCUGGUUUUGAAGUUCGUCCAAUUUUGAGCUUACUUGGGGAUCCUUCUGAAUUUGAUUUAAGGAGUAGCAUUUCCAAAAUACUGGUGGAUGAUCGAAGUGAAGUGAGGGAAAUGCCGAAAGAAUAUGACCGUCCAUCAGCUUUGGUAUCAACUAGACGUCAAGCACUUAAGGAUAGUCUGCAGGGAGGGGUACUCAAUCCUCAGGACAUAGACAUUUCGUUUGAGAACUUUCCAUAUUACUUAAGUGGCAUAACUAAGGAUGUUUUGAUAACAUCGACAUAUGCCCAUAUGAAGUGUGAAAGCAAGUAUAUAAAGUUUGGAUCAGACUUGACAACAUCGUGCCCCCGCAUCUUGCUAUCUGGACCAGCUGGCUCUGAGAUAUAUCAGGAAAUGUUGGCAAAAGCGCUUGCGAAAAAAUUUGGGGUCAAAUUAAUGAUUGUUGACUCUCUCUUGUUACCUGGGGGAUUGACAGCCAAGGAAGCAGAUUCAACCAAAGAAAGUACUAGGCGUGAAAGACUGUCUGUGUUUGCUAAACGAGCUGUACAGGUUGCUGCACAUGCUGCUGUUUUGCAGCAUAAGAAACCAACGUCAAGUGUUGAGGCUGAUAUAACAGGUGGAUCAACAGUGAGUUCUCAGGCAAUUCCGAGGCAAGAAGUGUCAACUGCAAGCUCGAAAAGUUACACCUUUAAAGCAGGUGAUCGAGUAAAGUAUGUUGGUCAUUUGAAUUCUGCACUUGCUUCUCUCCAUGCUCCACCUAGGGGACCGGCAAUAGGUUUCCAGGGAAAAGUACUCCUUGCCUUUGAAGACAAUGGAUCUUCAAAGAUCGGGGUUAGAUUUGAUAAAACGGUACCAGAUGGCAAUGAUCUUGGUGGUCUAUGUGAAGAGGACCAUGGUUUUUUUUGUACAGCGAGUUCACUUCGGUUAGAAAGUUCGUCCAGUGAUGAUACUGAUAAACUUGCGAUUAAUGAAAUCUUUGAGGUGGCUUUUAAUGAAAGUGAAAGAGGGUCAUUGAUACUGUUCCUGAAAGACAUUGACAAAUCUGUGUCUGGGAACAGUGAUGUGUAUAUAACUUUGAAGAACAAACUGGAGAAUUUACCUGAGAAUAUUGUUGUCAUAGCCUCACAAACCCAGUCGGACAGCCGAAAGGAAAAAUCCCACCCUGGAGGUUUCCUGUUCACAAAGUUUGGCAGCAACCAGACAGCAUUGCUGGAUCUUGCAUUUCCUGAUAAUUUUGGUGGUAGACUGCAGGACAGGAACAAAGAAAUGCCUAAAUCAGUGAAACAGAUCACGAGGCUAUUUCCUAACAAAGUGGCCAUCCAGUUACCUGAGGAUGAAGCUUUGCUGGUGGAAUGGAAGGAUAAACUUGAACGUGACACAGCGAUCCUGAAGGCUCAAGCUAAUAUUACCAGCAUCCGUGCAGUCCUAAGCAAAAACCAUCUAGUAUGCCCUGACCUUGAAACUUUGUGCAUCAAAGAUCAAACCCUUCCUUCUGAUAGUGUGGAGAAAGUGGUUGGCUGGGCUUACGGCUACCAUCUUAGGAACUGCUCAGAACCCGCGGUCAUAGACAAUAAGCUUAUAAUCUCGGCAGAAAGCAUCACAUCUAGCCUGAAGUUGUUACACGAAAUUCAAAACGAACACAAGAGCACAAAGAAAUCUCUCAAAGAUGUUGUUACUGAGAAUGAAUUCGAGAAAAAACUCCUAUCAGAUGUCAUUCCUCCAAGUGAUAUCGGUGUAUCUUUUAGUGAUAUCGGGGCUUUGGAAAAUGUUAAAGACACCUUGAAGGAGUUAGUGAUGCUUCCUCUACAAAGACCUGAGUUGUUUGGCAAAGGCCAGCUUACAAAGCCUACAAAGGGUAUACUGUUGUUUGGACCGCCUGGUACGGGGAAGACAAUGCUGGCAAAGGCAGUAGCAACUGAGGCUGGUGCGAACUUUAUCAAUAUUUCAAUGUCCAGCAUUACUUCAAAGUGGUUUGGCGAGGGAGAGAAGUAUGUUAAAGCUGUUUUCUCAUUAGCAAGUAAGAUAGCUCCAAGCGUCAUUUUUGUUGAUGAGGUUGAUAGCAUGUUAGGAAGACGUGAGAAUCCAGGAGAGCAUGAAGCUAUGCGUAAAAUGAAGAACGAAUUCAUGAUAAACUGGGACGGCUUACGCACAAAGGAUAAAGAAAGAGUUUUAGUACUGGCUGCUACCAACAGACCAUUCGACCUUGACGAAGCAGUAAUUAGACGGCUUCCCCGAAGGUUGAUGGUUAAUCUCCCUGAUUCAGCAAACAGAUCGAAGAUCUUGAACGUAAUAUUGGCGAAAGAAGAGAUGGCGCAAGAUGUAGAUUUAGAAGCUAUAGCAAAUAUGACAGAUGGGUACUCCGGGAGUGACUUAAAGAAUCUUUGUGUGACGGCGGCACAUCUUCCUAUCCGAGAGAUUUUGGAAAAAGAAAAGAAGGAGAGAAGUGUGGCUGAAGCGGAAAACCGACCAGUACCUAAGUUAUAUAGCAGUACAGACGUUAGACCCUUGUCGAUGAAUGAUUUCAAAGCUGCACAUGAUCAGGUAUGUGCGAGUGUGUCGUCUGAUUCAUCGAACAUGAACGAGCUUCAGCAAUGGAACGAGCUGUAUGGAGAAGGAGGAUCGAGGAAGAAGACAUCACUGAGCUACUUCAUGUAAACAUGAGAAAGAAGAAGAAAAAAGAGAGGUUGUGUUUUUUUUUUCAUUUAUGAAUAUUAUUAAUUUA